GGAGAGUCUUGGCCAAUUUAACUCCGGAGCGCCACUGGUGGGUUAGGCGCGGGCGGGUGACCGUGCGCGCUUAGGUCCCUUCCUUCCCGGCUGCCUCCACCUGCCCAGUGACCAUGAUAGUGUUUGUCAGGUUCAACUCCAGCCAUGGUUUCCCAGUGGAGGUCGAUUCUGACACCAGCAUCUUCCAGCUCAAGGAGGUGGUUGCUAAGCGACAGGGGGUUCCAGCUGACCAGUUGCGUGUGAUUUUCGCGGGGAAGGAGCUGAGGAAUGAGUGGACAGUGCAGAACUGUGACCUGGAUCAGCAGAGCAUCGUCCAUGUUGUGCAGAAACCAUGGAGAAAAGGCCAAGAAAUGGAUGCAACUGGAAGGGACAGCCCAAGAACUGCUGUGGGGGGCACUGGGAGGGAGCCCCAGAGCUUAACUCGCGUGGACCUCAGCAGCUCCCUCCUCCCAGCAGACUCUGUGGGGCUGGCUGUGAUUCUGGACAUGGAGAGCAGAAGGGAUCCGCCACCAGUGGCAAGUCCAGGCAGACCAGUCUACAACAGCUUUUAUGUUUACUGCAAAGGGCCCUGUCACAGAGUACAGCCAGGAAAACUCAGGGUCCAGUGCAACACCUGCAAACAAGCAACACUCACCUUGGCCCAGGGUCCAUCUUGCUGGGAAGAUGUCUUAAUUCCAAACCGGAUGAGUGGUGAAUGCCAGUCUCCAAACUGCCCUGGGACUACAGCAGAAUUUUUCUUUAAAUGUGGAGCACACCCGACCUCCAACAAGGACACAUCAGUAGCCUUGAACCUGAUCACAACGAACAGUCGAGACAUCUCUUGCAUAACGUGCACAGACGUCAGGAGCCCUGUCCUGGUUUUCCAGUGCAAUUGUCGCCACGUGAUCUGCUUAGACUGCUUCCACCUGUACUGUGUGACAAGACUCAACGACCGGCAGUUCAUCCACGACCCUCAGCUUGGCUACACCUUGCCUUGCGUAGCUGGCUGUCCCAACUCCUUGAUUAAAGAGCUUCAUCACUUCAGGAUUCUGGGAGAAGAGCAGUACAGCCGCUACCAGCAGUACGGGGCCGAGGAGUGUGUGCUGCAGAUGGGGGGCGUGCUGUGCCCCCGCCCUGGCUGCGGAGCGGGGCUGCUGCCCGAGCCAGGCCAGAGGAGAGUCGCCUGCGAGAGGGACAGCGGUCUGGGCUGUGGGUUUGUCUUCUGCCGGGAGUGUAAGGAGGCGGACCAUGACGGGGAAUGCAGCGCCCUGUUUGAAGCCUCAGGAACAGUCGCUCAGGCCUACAGAGUUGAUGAAAGAGCCGCGGAGCAAGCCCGCUGGGAGGAGGCCUCCAAGGAAACCAUCAAGAAAACUACCAAGCCUUGCCCUCGCUGCCACGUUCCUGUCGAAAAAAAUGGAGGAUGCAUGCACAUGAAGUGUCCACAGCCCCAGUGCCGGCUCGAGUGGUGCUGGAACUGCGGCUGCGAGUGGAACCGCGUCUGCAUGGGGGACCACUGGUUCGACGUGUAGCUGAGCACGGCCACGCCAUCCCACGCGCACAGCGUCCUGCCUGCACAUGGCUACUUCUCUUUCCAAAUACACACACGCGGUGCACACACUCACACAUUUAUACACACACUCGGACACACGGUGCACACACUCACACACGCUCGCAUACACUCUUCAAAUUGUCUUUCCAAAAUCACAAAAGCAAAAUCAUAGAAGAAGCUCCUGCGUCCUUUACACUGUGUCCAAAAAAGCCAGCAGAGCCGACCGUGACACCAGCAAGGAGCACGCUCAGGCCCCAGGAUGACACCAAUGGGAGACACAGCCACGUGCGAGCCACGGGUUUCCUCUGGGCCAUCCUUCUCAUGGAUUCCAGUCAGGCCGGAUCAGAAUGUGGAGAGAGAUUUCUCAGGUUUAAUUUCCUACAUUUUACCCUCAGUAAACACUGGGAUGGAACCACUGGCCAGGUGGGAAAUAGGUUGGGGACUCUUGUAAAAGUGGUUCUUUGUAAGAUUCUGCAAUGGAUUCUCAACACCAUGUCCAUGGCUUUAAGAACCAUGUCCUUAUUUAAGUUUUCAGAGACCACCUGUUCACAACAAACCCCAGGCAACAGUCAAAAAUAUUUGUUUAGCCUCAAGAAUUCUAGGUUUAUAAACUGCACUGGUGAAAUAUCAACCAGUUUGUCAUCUAAGUGAGGAAUUAUGGAAGUUAAUUUGAAUAUCGAAUAUUCGAAUUACCAGGAAGAAAUCAAAACGUAAUGUACUUUUGUUCCAUUUAAUUAUUUGCAACUUUAGAAAGAAAUUGUUUUUCUGAAAAUAUUACAAAAUCUAUAAUUCGAUUUUAAGUGUUCAUUUUGCAGCUUGGAGAUUUAGCUAAUAGAUUGAGCUCCACUAUAAAUUUAAUAGAUAAAGUGCCUAUAAAGGAGACAUUUCUAGAAAUGGUUUCAUAAUGAUAUUUCAUCUUAAGAAAAGCGUGCAUGCAGUAUUACAGCAGAGUCUUUAGGAGGAGCCUUUUCAGAGAUGAAAGCAUGCCAGACUCUGUGCAUCGGAUGGGUUCGAUCUGCACACCUGCUCUGGGGUCCAGCCUGCAUGUCCCCACGGCCUUGCACUCCCAGUGGGCUCCUUCCAGAAAAGUUAUUUUCCGAGGACAGUAAACUCACUAGAAUAUUCUUCAUGGGUUAAAUUUGAGUGUUGAUCAAAUUUUCAACUUUUUUUAAGGCAUUCACAACUCAUCAAAAAAUUAACAUUAGAUGUGCAAACCACAUUUUCCCCACACCGUGUGUAGACACUUGAUAAAGUGUGGCCGCUGUCUUUUGUUCUAGUGAGUUGUCCGACUUCUCAUGUGGAUGGUGAACUUGGCUGAGGGCAUCGUGAGUCUCCCCAGCACAAGGAGUCCCCUUUGGGUUUAGCAGGUCUGGAAAUUACAGAGUCAUCAUUUGCAGGGGUUUGCAGACAUAGUCCCAAAAGUCCUUGCUGGCAGGAAAAGGGCAUGAACUCAGAAGUUUUCCAGGUCACAUCCCAAAGACAUGUGUCCCUCUUUACCUAAUGGCUUCAGAUAAUCUAUUUCCUCCAGCCACCCAGGGACAGUCCUUUCCCCUCAGAGAUACUGUGCUAGGGCAAAAUGGGGCGGCCACCUUAGUGCUCAUAGCCUGGGGUGGCUGCCCUAUCAGGAAACACAUUGGCUUCAGCGUGGCUGCACGAUAGAAACGAUGGGGAUGCAGGUGCCAGUGCAGUGUGAGGAAGGUCACAGGCACGAGCCCGGGCAUCCCAGUGUUCGUGUCUUCCCUGAGUCUGGAUCCAAUCAGAGGCUGACACUGUGUCACAGUCUCCUUACCCUGACUCAAUGUGACAGAUCACGUGGCUCCCUCUGACUUGUGGAGCGUGCCCCAUUUCAUAUCAUCUGCAGCUUUUUUAAACUGAGGUUUUUAUUAUGGCUACUUCCGAAUCUGCGUGAUGUGCUGGGUUUGUGAUGCUGAGCGAGGUUUGCUCCCACGAGUUUCGGGAGGUGUCUACUGGCCAGGCAUGGUCCUUUUUCCUUUUUUUUUUUUUUUUUUGGUGUGGUUUCUUUCUUUCUUCUUCUCAGAAUAGAAUGUAAUUCUUAACACAACCACUAUACGUGAACAUGAAUCACAAACUAUUACUUGAACAUGAACGGUGUGACAAAAUAUGAAUAUAUCAAAGGAAUAAAAAUGCAUUUGCAGAAGAAUCUUUAUUUUUCUCUGAAAUGUGUUAAGAACUAUCUGACUAGCAAGUCUAAGGUUGUACUCAAGU